AUGACAGACGUGAGCCGAUUGCCUCCUUACGUGGCAAAUUUGUUUACACCAAGACCACCGCUGCCAUAUGUGCGACCGGUGGACGUGGCACCGCAACAACGAUCGAACCCAAAGAUUUCUGGGGUCAGUCAGUACUUGGAUCUUCUCAAGGCUGAGAAAGAGUCUACGACAUAUACACCUACGGAGAGUUGGUAUGUGAAGCAGCAGCGGGAGAAGCAAGAGAAGCAAGCUGAACAUGUCAAGGAACUAAAACAGGCUGUUCGAAAGUGGAAUCCACAGAAAGAUCCACAGGUUCGUGGAGACCCGUUCAAGACGAUAUUUGUUGCGCGGCUGGACUACUCUGUGACUGAAUCUGAUCUUGAACGGGAGUUUAAUCGGUACGGUCCGAUUGAGAAGAUUCGAGUUGUUCGUGAGACUGAGACAGGGAAGUCUCGAGGGUAUGCAUUUAUUGUGUAUGAGCGGGAGAGUGAUAGCAAAGUCGCUCGAAGUGAAUCAAAGGGCAAAGUUAUUAAAGGUCGCAAGAUUUUGGUAGAUGUUGAACGGGGUCGAACAGUUAAGCGAUGGUUACCACGACGGUUGGGUGGAGGUCUUGGUGGUCGGCACUAUACUCGGGACGCUUUGUUUCGUGAUCUUGAAGAGGAGUACAAUGGUGGUGGUGGUAGUGGUAGUGGUGGUGGUGGUGGUGGCGGUCGGUCUGAGCGGCGGUCAGGUCGGGGUGAUUUCUAUAGGGAUCGUGAUCGUGAUCGGGAGAGAGAUCGUGACCGUGGGUACCGGUCAAAGCAACAAUCGUCUGGUGGAGGUAAAGAUGGAGGAGGAGGAGGAGGACGUGAAUGGGAUAGAGAUUUAGAGAGAGAACGUGGAGGUGGUAGUGGUAGUGGUAGUGGUGGAGGAGGACGUGAAUGGGAUAGAGAUAGAGAUAGAGAUAGGGAUAGAGAUAGAGAUAGGGAAAGAGAUGGGGACCGAGGUCGACAUGACCGGGGCAGUCGGUACCGUGGUGAUCGUGAUCGGAGUCCGCGGCGGUCUCAUUAUUGA